AUGACAACCACAACUACAACUAAUCAACCAGCUUUCAAUAGAAUUUUAGAUAAUUUAUCACGUCGUCAACUUAAAUUUGAUUUUGAUUUUGGAGAAUAUAAUAAUUUUUAUAUCCCUGAUAGAAAUAUUGGUCAAGGUGCUUUUGGAAUUGUAUGUGAAGCUACAGAUACUCGUAAUAAUGAUAAGGUUGCAAUUAAAAAAAUUGGACAUGCUUCUGCAACUCCAACAUUAGCUAGACGUACUUUAAGAGAAAUAAGAUGUUUAAGAUUUAUUGAACAUGAAAAUAUUGUUUUAUUAAAAGAUAUUUUUAGAACAAAAGGUUCUUUGGGUGUAAAUGUAUUUUUAGUGAUGGAUUUAAUGGAAGGAAGUCUUCAUCAUGUAAUUCAUGGUUCUAUUGAACCAUUAGACUGGGAAUUAAUAUCAUAUUUUUUAUUUCAACUUUUAAAAGGAUUAAAAUUUUUACAUGCUGCUGGAAUAUCACAUCGUGAUUUAAAACCAUCUAAUCUUUUAGUUAAUUCAGAUUGUCAUCUUAGAAUUGCUGAUUUUGGAAUGGCUAAAUUAUCAUUAUCAGAAUAUUAUGAUGAUGCUGAUGAAUAUUGUUUUUAUAUGACACAACAUGUUGCUACACUACCAUAUCGGGCACCUGAAUUAUUAUUUGUAUGUCAAGAACAUUCUGUUGCUGUUGAUAUGUGGGCUGUCGGUUGUAUAUUAGGAGAAAUGAUAUUAAGAAGAGAAUUAUUUCCUGGAAGAAGUGUAAGUAAUCAGAUUAAAGUUCUUAUUACAAGACUUGGAUCACCAUCAUCAAAUGUAAUUAAUGAUAUUAAAUGUGAAAGAACAAAACGACUUAUUGAAAGUUUUGGUGAUAUUGAAGCAUGGAAUUGGAAUGAUAUUAUUACCAUGGGUGAUAGAUAUAAUGAACAAGCUUUAGAUUUAAUUCAAAAUUUACUUACAUAUGAUCAAGAAGAAAGAUUUAAUGUUUUUCAAGCUAUUGAACAUGAUUUUUUAUUUCAAUUUAAUAUAAAUAUGGAAGCUGAAUCAACUUGCCCAUUUAAAACAAAAAUGGAUAUGGCAGCUGUUGAAUCAUUAACUCAUCAAGAAUUAUUAGAAGCUAUAUUAAAUGAUGUCAAAUCGGCUGAUGGUAUAGAUAAUAACAGAAAACCAAAUGAAGAAUUGUCAGAUGUUUGUGGUAGUAGUGAUGAAAGAGAUAAUAAAACAAGCAAUACUACCAGACCCAGCUCAACUGAUUUGUAUGAUGGUUCACCUUCUGGUAGUUCUGGAGUUGAUGAAGGUUCAACAACAAGAACAUCUUUUGAGUCGUCAUCUGUUAUACACUCACCUUCAUCGAGUAUCAGCACAAGCAGUUCUUGCCAUAAAUGUCCCAACAAAACUUCACUAAGAAAGGAAAAAUCAAUGAUUAAAACAAAUAUGAUUGAUGAGGAUGAUCUUUUAUAUAAUGAUGAAGAUACAUCAUUGAAUGAUAAUGAAGAAGUUACAGCAUUAUAA